AAAGAUCGCGCGGACGACUCAGUUUGUAAAACGAUAUCGCGAACGAUGGAACGCUGGGCUGGAAAAGUGGCGAUCGUGACUGGCGCGAGCACCGGUAUCGGUGCAGCGAUCGCUAGAUCCCUCGUGGACAACGAUGUUAAAGUGGUUGGUCUCGCGAGAAGGAUGGAGAAGCUUCAGGAGGUGGCCGGUGGUUUGAAGAAAGGCAUGUUCCACUCGAUCGUGUGCGAUGUCAGAAAAGAGGAGGACAUCCUGAAGGCCUUCGAGUGGACUAAAAAGAAAUUUGGUGGCGCUGACAUCCUUGUCAACAAUGCCGGCGUAGCCACGCAAACGAGCAUCAUUGAUACGCCCACCGAGGAGUACCGUAAAAUAAUAGAUAUUAACGUCAUAGCUCCAGCGAUUUGCGCCCGUGAAUUUAUACAAUCUAUCAAAGAACGCAAUGGCGCCGGGCAUAUAAUUAAUAUCAGCAGCCUGGCCGGACGACACGCAGAAUGCGUAAAAAUACCGAUGGGGAUGUAUUGCGCUAGCAAAUAUGCAUUAAACGCAUUGACCACGGAACUACGUCACGAAAUAAUAUACAACAAGCUGAACAUUAAAAUAACGAUCGUCAGCCCUGGAGCUGUUUUAACAGACAUGUUGAAAGAUAUCGUUAAAUCUGACGCAAUUCUGAACAAUCUGCCGGCAUUGAAGGAGACCGACAUUGCCGACGGAGUGAUUUAUACAUUGAAAACGCCGCAGGGCGCAGAGGUCCAUGACAUGCUGAUCAUGCCGCAAAACACAUUGCUUAAUUUCGAUAGCAACGUAUUGCCGUGAGCGGAAAACAAAGACGAGCCUCAAAAAUGAAAUUCUACAACGCGUAAUGCAGGAACGAAUGCGUUUAAUUAUACAAAACUUUUGUUUCUUCCCACGACAUUCUCACUUAACGGAGUAUUUAAAAUAUAUUGUUAUAACAAAAAUAAGAGACACCUGUUGAAUUUAUAAUUAAUUGUCGAUAUAUUAUACAAUAAAAAAACAAGAAUUAAAAAAGUGUUAUUCGUUUUAUCGUCGAUUAAUGUAAGAACACCGUACAAACUAU